UUACGUCGUGACGUCAUUUGCUAAGAGAACAAACGCCGAAGCUUAGAACGGAAUUUACCGCCGGCAGACGGGAGUAGCAUAAGAGAAAGUCUGAAGCGACAAAUAGCAGCGUGUGUAUGUAAUAGCUAGACAUUUUACUCUGAUUUGAUUCAUCAUCUGCUUCUAAGACAGGGAAUUGAUUUUAAACAAGAAGAUGGCUGUGAACGUCUAUUCAACCUCAGUGACUAGCGACAAUUUGAGUCGCCAUGACAUGCUCGCUUGGAUAAAUGAAUCUUUACAGAUCAACCUCACCAAGAUUGAGCUUCUAUGCUCAGGUGCGGCAUACUGCCAGUUCAUGGACAUGCUGUUCCCCGGCAGUGUACCUUUGAAGAAAGUCAAAUUUGGUCCCAAACUAGAGCAUGAAUUCAUUCACAACUUUAAAUUAUUACAAGCUGGCUUCAAGCGGAUGAAUGUUGACAAAAUUAUCCCUGUGGAUAAAUUGAUAAAAGGCAAGUUCCAGGACAACUUUGAGUUUGUGCAGUGGUUCAAGAAAUUCUUUGACGCCAACUAUGAUGGGAAGGAGUACGACCCGGUGGAGGCUCGUCAGGGCCAGGAGACUGCACCCCUCCCCAACCCCUCCAUGUCCGCCCUCAACAAGCCCAAGAAGAUCCUCAACACUGAUGCCGCUGUGUCUCCUAAAAAGAUCGCAAAACCAGCUGCAGCAAUCGCACCCCAGCGGUCAGCCGCCGUGGCCAAGCCUGCACCUAAGACGGCGCCCGGUUCGGUGCGGAGACCAGGGACAGGAGGCGGGGACGAGGAGCGGGCAGAGCUCGCUCAGGAGGUGAAUAUACUGAAAGCAACGAUUCAGGACAUGGAGAAGGAGAGGGAUUUUUACUUUGGCAAACUGCGGAACAUUGAACUCAUCUGCCAAGAGAAGGAGGGUGAAGGGGACCCCACACUGCAGAGGAUUGUGGAUAUACUGUAUGCCACAGACGAGGGUUUUGUCAUACCGGAUGCUGAGUCAGAGGACCAAGAGGAAUUCUAAGACUGGAUGCAACUUUAAUAUCAUCUGUACCCAAUGUGCCCCAUCCCCACCUGCCAGAUUAUGUUAUGCAUUUGGUUCCAAAUGAACUUUAUAUCACAUCGUUUCAUCUGCAAACCCCCUCCCCCCCCACCCCCCCGAAAACACAGCUAUGAUCUCCACUGGAGUCCCGCCCCUGUGUGCUGACCUGAGCAAACCCAGCCCUGCUGCUGGGGGCCCGUCUCUGGGCUCCAGCUUCUCCGCCGUCUGUAACGUUCGGCUUCAGUUUUGCUGGGAGCUUCUCUCUUGGCUGAGGCUGAAGAAGCUUUUGUAAGAUUCAUCUACAGCGUUGUCUGUCUUCUCUCCAGGGAAGUAGAGUGAGAUUUCUGGCACCUGCACACCUCUGUCUUUAAAAAAAAAAAAAAUAAUAGUUCCUUUAUCCAUGUACUGUCUCAUCUGUUCACUUGUGUAGUUUUUUUUUUAUACUGCAAAGAGAAACUCACUUUCUAAACGUAUUGGUCUUCGCUAAUAAUUUCUAAAUAUGCCCAUGUUGUUACAGGUUUUUAAAGACAAUGAUAGUUAUUACCUUGGUAAUAUAUAAUUUUGUUUGUUUUUUUACUUCUGGAGCAAAAACUGAUCUGAGGGCGAUUUGGAUAUUGUCAAUCCUCUUCUUUCGGUGAGCCACCGUGUACGUCAGUGUAGAUACGAUGAGAUCUUUCUGCUUUCAUUAACUACUUCUGGGCUGCCAGGACUGUGGCUUAACCCAAAUGAUGAAGUUAGCCUUGCCAAACACUUGCCAUGAUAAUCCAAGAGCAGUUAUUCCACCUCCAUAUUGUCACGUAACAGUAUAUCUGGGUCUGAUGCUGUAUUGGUGCAAAAACAUCAGAACUACUGAAAAGACAGUGAGGACUACAUUGGGCUGACAGCAUUCGGUCUUUUUCAGGGGUGUGCUUAGAUUUUGUGCCUACAGCUCUAGUCUAGUAGUCUUGGGCUUGGAUCAACUCAGACCUUCCACCCAUUAAAUUCUGAAUUGCAAUGUUUUGGCUUUUCCAUUCUAAUUGGUAGUUGGCUGAUUGAUCAAAUGUUUGACUUGCCCUUAGUGUGCCUGUGAAGCAAGUUAGUUGGGCAUAAGUGAUUUAACUAUGUCAAAAUGGUUGCAAAUGUAAGUCUUUUUCUGUGGAGAAUGUGAUUAAAGUUCCCAAGAGGGUACUUGCUUUUAGCAGAGUCCUACACAUGUAAAUUCCCCUUUCUAUUUACCUUUUGCAUGUGUUUUCUCUGCUUUGACAGGUUAAACUACCCAAUUUACACAUAUUCCCUUAGGUACAACUGCCAUUUUAUGUUGAAAAAAGACAGAGUUUAUACCCAACUAAAUUGCCUUAUUUUUAAUAAAUUUUGUUUAUCUGGUAAGUUUCCACCUAAUGCAUAGAUGUGACUGUUUCUGGAUGUUCUCUUUUUGGCAAUUGUUUGUGAUGCAGUUGAAGUAUUGUAACUGAGCUCUUAUCAUUUUUGCUGCUCUGAAAUAAAGAUGUCUAGAGAAACUGGCAUAAGACAAUGGAUGUUUUAGGAGAGGAGUAUGCUGCCCCAGACUCUGUCUUCCAAUAUUGCAGUGCACAAAGAUAAAUAAAUAUAUGGUACACUCACGUGCAUGUCACUUGCUGAGCUGUGGAAGUGGGUAUACUCUAAUACUGCAGCUCUGUUGAGCAAGAUCUGAAGCUGCAAAUGUAUUUCCUGUUUUCCAGUGCUGAGGUGCAGGUAUAGUAUUGACUGCAGGUUCCAAUUUCUGUUCCAUCAGUUGGGUGGGCGUUCCCUUUAGGUGAGAAUUUAGCUGUAGCAAAUCUUUUAUGGGAAUCAUGCUCCAAAUGGAAUGGAAUUUCUGUGCUCCUGAAAUGCAUUUGAUUGGGAAAAUUAAAGCCACUUACAUUGUGGAAUACUAUGGAAUAUUUGGUUAGUCAUCUUAAUGGGGCCUUUACAUGCAAGCAUUGUUCGUUUUGUUUCAAGGUCAUGACUUCGCAGCCAAACCGUGAGGACAACAUAUGUCCGAUUGGCUUCUAAUUUGUUGGCCUAAUGCAUGGUUGUGAUGCCACGUUUCUGGCAUGGGUUUUGUACGAAAGGGAUAUGGUUGCAUAGCUUCAAUUUAAUGCACCAGCUGGUGUGCUCAAAUAUUUUCAUGCAAAGGAAGCUUGGUAUUUAGUCAUGUUGAAGCAGAAAAUUACUGAAGCUUCAAAUUGGAAGGAAAAUUAUAGACUUAAGGACUGUAUGAAUAGUUGUAACCUGUCCCAGUGACCUGGUAUUUCUACCAAUUCUUCUGCACUUGCUGAAACCAUUCUGGGGUAUAGAACUGCAGAAUGAUUUCCAAAAUAUUGUCUAAUGAAAUCCAUUUUGUAUUUCUAAAUUCAUUUUCUUGGAUUUUCUCAUUUUGUUAGAAUGUGCUCAUUUUUGUCUUUCAUGUGGGGAAAUUUGCCCCAGAAUUUUUUUAUUUCUUUUUAAAGGAGGUAAACCGUGGAAGGAUUUACAUUCUGCUGUACCCAAGAUCUGCAGUGGUGCUAUCUGAGAUUUCUCUUGUGGCCUUUUUACAGUUUGCUGAAGUUCUUGUACACUGUGGACCAUGUACCUCGACUGCUCUCUUCCUACAGGGUGUUGACUCCACCCCCCUCCCCCCUCUUUUUUUAAUCACAUUUGCUGAAGUCCAAUUCUUACAAACAAUAAAACGGUAUUUCCAUGUU